UGAGAUUAUGUUUUUAAUAGCAAGAAUUUUAUAUUAACAGAUUCAUUUUCUAGUAUUAGGAAUGAAAAUCUCAUUUUAGUAUUAAGUGAAAAUUUAUUUGGGAUUUUAUCACAAUUUACGUUUGAGUUGAUGGGUUUAAAUUCUAUCAACUUGAUUCUAUUAUGAAUUUGAUAUAAAUAGAGUAUUGCAUUAUCUGCUAUUUGUUUAGUAUUAUAUAGUGAAGGGAUAUUUACAAGGUUAGCUUAUGAAGGAAGAUUUUCUCCUCCUUAUCUUCCAACCAAGUCGUCCCCUUUCCUCUGCAAAACCCUUAGUUUGUUUUUUUUUAUUUCCUUUGAUUUCAAGAGGCACUCCAAUUAUACAAGAGGUUAUCCAAUAACGCCACUGCUCGGAGCUUGCUCGACGUGCCGCGACGUCUCAUCUCUCCCGGCAAAGCGGAAGUUGCCGUUGCUCUGGUUCCAUGACGCUGCGUCUUUCUUGGCCGGGAAUCGACGCGCCAGCGUUACUCCCUCCUCGGUUCUCUCUCUUUACAACCCCAAGGGAGGGUGGGGUCUUCUUCUAAGCUGAGCCCUAGCUGCACUUCCUCGUUAAUCGCCAUCGCCGUGUUCUGGAUUCUAGCAGCGAAGGUUACGCCGCCGCUAUUCCUGGCAAUUCCCACCUUCUCGUCGCUCGGCGUCGAUCCACAGCUCACACCGAUGGAACAGGGACCGCUGCCUUUCCUUAAUUACCUAAAAGCUAAGCCCUUUUCCUAUUUUCCUAUUUCUCUUCUAUGGGAUAAAUUCGAAUGAUGUUGUGGUGUACUAGUUAACCCUAGUGGAGUUGUGGUUCUCCUUGCUUGUUCAUAAGUGAUAUGAAACAUAGGGUUGCCAAUUUCUUUAACAAAGUUUGCAUAUCCGAAUUUCCUAUAAAUGAAGCUGUGUGUAUUUAAGAGUUUUGUAUAGAUAAUAUGGAUACAUUAAGUACAGAUCCUCUGCAUUUCUAUGCGACUGGGCAUGCAUUAAGAAGUGUGGUAAUCAUAGUCUGUUGAUUUUAUAGGAAGUAAAUCGAUUAUGCUAUUUAUCUCUUUAUCCAGCAUUUCUAUAUAACUGAUCUUGUGUUCUGUUGGGUAUAUGAAGACGAUGUAUUUGGGUAUUUAUUCACAAGAAAACAUGAUUCCCUAAUAGUUUAGUUUAAGUGAAUUUGGGAGUUCUUGGAAUAAGCUAGCAUCAUGUUUGAUGCUUGUGUAAUUGUACUCCUUGAAUUGUAAAAUGAGAUUAUAUGAUAAUAAUUGGAGGAUAUCAAGCAUGCUUGUUAUAUGUUGAUGAGUUAAACAUGAGUUAAAUUUCAAGCUAAAGCAAGCUAAUGUGUAGUAAGAUGAUGUAAUUGAGUUCCUAUGGUUUGUAUUUGGCAAACGUAUGAAUUAUAUGUUAAGUUGAAACAAAGGGGCUUUGCUGUCAGUUUUCGGCUUGACAGGGCAGUAUGUUUCGAGGUGCUUCUGAUGGUGUUCUCGUAGUCUAAAUAACUUGAAAUUUUUACUGUAAUAACUUCAUCAUGUGUAGUCGUUCUCUGCAAAAUUUCAGCUAAAUCCGAGACCAAUAGACAUGUCAAAUUAUUUUCUGAAAUGUACUGCACAGAGCAGCAGAAUUCAGUUGCAGAUUCUGUCUUUGGUCAUAUAACUUCUUAUACACUUGAGAUAUUGUGUUUUUGUAAAUUUCAGAGAAAUAUAGACGUUAAUAGCUUUCUAAAAAGGUAAAGCUCGUAUUUUUCCUUAAAGUGAUUGAUUUUAUAUGAUUUUCCAAAGUUAGGAUUCAAAUGUGUAUGUGUCUUGAUUAAACUUGUGAUUGGUAGUUAAUUGAGAUCCUACACUACUAAACUUGAAUUGAGGUUUUAUUGUUCUAAUUACCUAUUGAGGAUUAUUGAUUACUAAAGCUUGUUGAUAUGAUAGUGAUGGACAUAAUUAUACUUAUAUGAUUAAUUACUUCAGAAUUUUGUGUUUUACAUGUAUGAUUAGUUGUAAACUGAUCUCUAUGGAAUGGAUUUGUUUACUUCUAAACUUUCUCAAGUAGAGGAAUUCCUAUAAGAUAGGAAUAUUAGUUUAUACUUUCUUAAAGUUCAUAGAGUUAGUAUAUUGGUUAGUUUAGUUGAUGCAACCCUAGCAGUUUAUUGGGAUGUUAUUUAUAGCUAAUUCUUCUUAUCUAGUUAUCCAAUCUUAUUUUAGAAUCUUGCUAUUAUGAAGGUGACAGUAGCAAUGAUAGAUAAGUGAGCAAGAGUUCCUACACCGUUAAGCGUAUCAGGUUAAGCUGUGAUGCAGAUGGAGGCGAGCAGAGCAAAGCUUUUGAAGUAUAAGUAUUAAAUUAGGCUCAGGAUUUCAUGUCUUCAUACAUGUAAUCCACUUAAGUUAUUCCGCUGCAACACUUAGUGUAUUUUACUUUAUUGAUGUGUUGUACAGAUUUUAAAACAAUAGCUUUGAGAAUUAUGUCACUUGAAAAUUUGACAACUUGUCGUUAUGUAUUGUGAGUUGUCUGCUUUGAGUUUUAGAAAAGAUUGUUUAUGAUUACCAAAUAUUUAGGUAAAUUAUUGUUUAAGCAAGAUGAUUAUUUUUAUUGAAACCUCUUUUAUUUUCCAUUUUCUUUUUCCAUUUCCCCAGUCACAUUUUCCCCGGCUUAACUGUUGUUAGCUUAGGUCGGGCUGUGACAGAGUGGUAUCAGAGCAGGUCGUUUGCUCUGAGCCUAAAUAUUCCUUUGAGUCUAGUCUAAAUUUGAAUCUUUGGACUAGUGUGAGUAAUAUAGUAAAAGCUCUGCUCUCCAUCUCAUCCAACUUAGCCAGGUACGGAUUUUCAGAGUUUUGAAGUAGCAUGUUACAUUUUUAAACAAGUUUGAGAUAUGAGUUGCAGUUUUGCAAGUAUUAGUAUGAUGGAAACUUAUAUAUUUUAAAAUGAGCAUGGACAACAUGAGUUAUUUAUGAGUAUCCUCUGCCUAUACGAACUUUUGAGAUUUGAAUGGAUAAAAGUGUUAUUCAUAUUUUAAUAUUUGUGUUUUGAUAUGUGGAUGGAGAUAUAGAAAGUUUGAUGAUACAAUAAUGACGUAUAUCAGUCGCGAUGUAACCUAGUACUAGUAGUGAUGUUAUACAGUUAGGGCACCACAUUAGUACUAAGAGCUUUUUGCAACAUAUAUUCCUAUCUUUCGUAUGAGAACUCAUUGAGGCAAAUUUUCCCAUGAUAUGAAAUGAUCAAAGUAGUCAUUUACUAGGCCGUUGAGCUUUAAUUGCUUAGAUGGUUGAAUUUUUGUGUAUGAGUUUUAUAACUUAGUUGAUUUAUAGUUAAGUAGUAGUUUGACCUUAUUGAUGUGAUGAAAGCUUAAUUUUGGGGAUAUUAUGUAUUUACUCGACAUGAUGUCUCAAAGAGGAAAUGAAAAUCAGUCAUCUGCCAUGAGGCUAAUUUAGAGACCUUCUCCUUCCCAUCAACUUGAAAGAAGAAUUGCGGAAGUUAUUCAUCGUUAGAGUUCCCUUAUUUAUAGUAGAGUUUCGUGGGUCUCGCUUUCUUAGAUGCAAUGAUCAAGAAUGCCCUCUUUGUAUGUUAUUUCAACUCCAAGGAUCGACUAAUUAUUAGUAGUGGAUGGUGAAGCAGAAGAUAUAUAUUCUCGGCGAUUAGAUAAUCAUUUUUGGGGCUAGUUCACAGAGGUAUUUUUGAAGAAUUUGUUUCCAGAAGCUAUCGUUAGUAAAAAUAAGACGAAAUUUAGCAAUUUAAAGCAAGGAAAGAAGACCGUAGCUGAAUAUGAUCAUGAGACUGAAGGCCAAGAUACAAGGUCUCGAAGAACAAAUGAGCUCGAUCAACGAGAAGAGUGCAAAGUAUGGGCAAAUAGCAGCUGAAGAAGUCCUGAAGAGUCUGUAUUGUCUCGGUGUUCGACUAACCGGUCAAUGGUUUAGGAAUGCAAAUUUGCAGAGGAAGCUCAAAGAGAACAGACAAACUGCUUUGAAGCUCAAAGAUAACAGCUUGUAUCAUUUUUGCGUCUUCUCCGACAACAUCAUUGCGGCUUCAGUCGUCGUGAAUUCUACAUCUUUGAAUUCCAACAAUCCCGAGGAGGUCGUCUUCCACCUUGUGACCGAUGAAGUCAAUUACGCAGCAAUGAAGGCCUGGUUCACCAUGAAUACUUUCGGAGGAGUGACGGUUGAUGUUCAGAAGAUCGAAGACUUCAGCUGGCUGAACGCGUCCUACGUUCCUGUUCUCAAACAGCUCCAAGACUCCGAAACCCAGAGCUACUACUUCUCCGGCAGCGGCGGCGACAAUCGGACUCCGAUCAAGUUCAGGAACCCUAAAUACUUAUCUAUGCUCAAUCACCUCAGGUUCUACAUUCCUGAAGUCUUUCCUGCUCUGAAGAAGAUGGUGUUUCUCGAUGAUGACGUCGUGGUGCAGAAAGAUCUCUCGCCUCUGUUCUCGCUCAACCUGAACGGCAACGUCAACGGUGCAGUCGAGACAUGCAUGGAGACAUUCCAUAGAUAAUAGUUGUAACUUCUCAUAAGGUUUUCGGGGUAGCACCUUUACUUGUUGGCAAGCCAAACAUUUUUCUACAACUAAAGCUAUAUUUCAAUUCCAUUUCUUUCCACCAAAAGUUUUGUUUGAGAACUUGAUAUAUUUUUGUGUUUCCUGGGUAUGCAGUAUCUAGCAUACAUAAGCUUUACUUAUGAUUUCAUUUCUCAACUAUUCUUUGUUGAGUAUACAUAAUCUUUUCUCAAACAAGAUAGCUUUACCCCGAGCUUCUUGGUAAUUAUCAAUCUCUUCUAUUCCUUACCCGUAAUUUUUCUAACUUUCAUCUUCUCUUGUUACUGUAAGGAUUUUGAUUCUCAAAUCAUGAGUUAUUGUUAACAUUGCAAUUACUGCUUCUCUGGUUUGCGGUGGUAGAACCACUUCUAAAUUCAACCUUUUCAAACCUCGAUGAAUUUUUCUUCAUGGGUAAGGAGAAAUCCUAAGUUGAUUUUCCUACUCAAAGCAUCAACUAUUGUUUUGGCUUUCUGUGGGUGAUAAUUUAUUCUACAAUCAUAGUCCCUUAUUAAUUCGAGCUAUAUUCUUUGCCUUAUACUUAGAUCUUUAUGCUCGGAUAAGUGUUUUAAACUUUUAUGAGGUGUAUCAAUUCCACAUCUCGUUUCAGAAUACUAUUGUUGCUAGCUCCAAGUUGUGUUGAGCAAUUCAUUUCUUGCGGUUAAGUUUUCAUGACCCAUUAACAAUAAUUCUUUCACUUUGCAACAAUGCUCAACCACAUCUAUUUUUGAUACACAGGACCGAUUUCAUAUGGUCUUCCAACUUUGGGAAUUCAGCCAAAUUUUAAAAUAGCCUUUCAUGCAUCCACAAAUAGAUGGGCAAUCUGAACGAACUAUUUAGUCAUUGGAAGCUAUGAUAUAGACUAUUGUACUAGAGCGAAGAAGUGGCUGCUUUAGCGGUGGGAACAUUAGCAAUCGUGAGUGAUUUCGGGUUCCAAAACUCGCAUUUCAAAAAUGACUUUUCAAAAGGAGCGAAUUCCCCGCCAACAUGGCAGGAGACGGCCAUCUCAAGGUGCAUCACGCGUACUCAGAAGCUGCAUUAUGCACAAGAUUGAAUUGGGAAAAAGCUUUGCUACUCAUUGAUUUUGCCUACAAUAUUUGUUUUCGAGUAACAGUUGAUAUGGCAUCAUAUGGAGCUCUUUGUGGGAAGAAAUACCGAUCUCCACUUUAUUGACACAAAGUGGGUGAAAGAAAGUGAUAGCACCUGAUGCACUUGAAGAAAUGAUUACGCUUAUCCGACAAAUUCGACAACUGCUCAAGGAACCUGAAGAGCGACAUACACUUCAAAUUUCGAGGACGAAAUUUAUUUAAGGGGGAGAGGAUGUAACACCCAGCAUUUUGACUACAGUAUAUAUAUAUUAUUAAUAUUAUUUUCUAUUUUCUAUUAUCUAAAAGAAGAAAGAGAAGUAGAAUCACUGAGAUGAGAUAUUAUUAUUAUUAUACCCUGAGCUUUUAAUUCAGUGAUUGCAUAAUUUGAAUAAUUAAGUGUUCUUGCAUCUUUUAUUAAUUUUAUUUUUGGAAGCAAGUUUAUAAUUCCUAGUUAAAGGGAUUAUUUUAUUUUCUUUUGGAGAUGAGAAUGGUGAUAAAUACGAGAUUUUAUUAGUCGACUUAUUGCUCGACUAAUUGAAGUGAUGGAUGUUAUUUAAUUAUUUAUCUAAGAGCUUUCUUAUUUUAAUAUUGAUGAUUUAUUUUUGAACCAUGAGAUUGAGAUUUAUUAUUAUUUCUUAAUUAUUGAGAUUAUGUUUUUAAUAGCAAGAAUUUUAUAUUAACAGAUUCAUUUUCUAGUAUUAGGAAUGAAAAUCUCAUUUUAGUAUUAAGUGAAAAUUUAUUUGGGAUUUUAUCACAAUUUACGUUUGAGUUGAUGGGUUUAAAUUCUAUCAACUUGAUUCUAUUAUGAAUUUGAUAUAAAUAGAGUAUUGCAUUAUCUGCUAUUUGUUUAGUAUUAUAUAGUGAAGGGAUAUUUACAAGGUUAGCUUAUGAAGGAAGAUUUUCUCCUCCUUAUCUUCCAACCAAGUCGUCCCCUUUCCUCUGCAAAACCCUUAGUUUGUUUUUUUUUAUUUCCUUUGAUUUCAAGAGGCACUCCAAUUAUACAAGAGGUUAUCCAAUAACGCCACUGCUCGGAGCUUGCUCGACGUGCCGCGACGUCUCAUCUCUCCCGGCAAAGCGGAAGUUGCCGUUGCUCUGGUUCCAUGACGCUGCGUCUUUCUUGGCCGGGAAUCGACGCGCCAGCGUUACUCCCUCCUCGGUUCUCUCUCUUUACAACCCCAAGGGAGGGUGGGGUCUUCUUCUAAGCUGAGCCCUAGCUGCACUUCCUCGUUAAUCGCCAUCGCCGUGUUCUGGAUUCUAGCAGCGAAGGUUACGCCGCCGCUAUUCCUGGCAAUUCCCACCUUCUCGUCGCUCGGCGUCGAUCCACAGCUCACACCGAUGGAACAGGGACCGCUGCCUUUCCUUAAUUACCUAAAAGCUAAGCCCUUUUCCUAUUUUCCUAUUUCUCUUCUAUGGGAUAAAUUCGAAUGAUGUUGUGGUGUACUAGUUAACCCUAGUGGAGUUGUGGUUCUCCUUGCUUGUUCAUAAGUGAUAUGAAACAUAGGGUUGCCAAUUUCUUUAACAAAGUUUGCAUAUCCGAAUUUCCUAUAAAUGAAGCUGUGUGUAUUUAAGAGUUUUGUAUAGAUAAUAUGGAUACAUUAAGUACAGAUCCUCUGCAUUUCUAUGCGACUGGGCAUGCAUUAAGAAGUGUGGUAAUCAUAGUCUGUUGAUUUUAUAGGAAGUAAAUCGAUUAUGCUAUUUAUCUCUUUAUCCAGCAUUUCUAUAUAACUGAUCUUGUGUUCUGUUGGGUAUAUGAAGACGAUGUAUUUGGGUAUUUAUUCACAAGAAAACAUGAUUCCCUAAUAGUUUAGUUUAAGUGAAUUUGGGAGUUCUUGGAAUAAGCUAGCAUCAUGUUUGAUGCUUGUGUAAUUGUACUCCUUGAAUUGUAAAAUGAGAUUAUAUGAUAAUAAUUGGAGGAUAUCAAGCAUGCUUGUUAUAUGUUGAUGAGUUAAACAUGAGUUAAAUUUCAAGCUAAAGCAAGCUAAUGUGUAGUAAGAUGAUGUAAUUGAGUUCCUAUGGUUUGUAUUUGGCAAACGUAUGAAUUAUAUGUUAAGUUGAAACAAAGGGGCUUUGCUGUCAGUUUUCGGCUUGACAGGGCAGUAUGUUUCGAGGUGCUUCUGAUGGUGUUCUCGUAGUCUAAAUAACUUGAAAUUUUUACUGUAAUAACUUCAUCAUGUGUAGUCGUUCUCUGCAAAAUUUCAGCUAAAUCCGAGACCAAUAGACAUGUCAAAUUAUUUUCUGAAAUGUACUGCACAGAGCAGCAGAAUUCAGUUGCAGAUUCUGUCUUUGGUCAUAUAACUUCUUAUACACUUGAGAUAUUGUGUUUUUGUAAAUUUCAGAGAAAUAUAGACGUUAAUAGCUUUCUAAAAAGGUAAAGCUCGUAUUUUUCCUUAAAGUGAUUGAUUUUAUAUGAUUUUCCAAAGUUAGGAUUCAAAUGUGUAUGUGUCUUGAUUAAACUUGUGAUUGGUAGUUAAUUGAGAUCCUACACUACUAAACUUGAAUUGAGGUUUUAUUGUUCUAAUUACCUAUUGAGGAUUAUUGAUUACUAAAGCUUGUUGAUAUGAUAGUGAUGGACAUAAUUAUACUUAUAUGAUUAAUUACUUCAGAAUUUUGUGUUUUACAUGUAUGAUUAGUUGUAAACUGAUCUCUAUGGAAUGGAUUUGUUUACUUCUAAACUUUCUCAAGUAGAGGAAUUCCUAUAAGAUAGGAAUAUUAGUUUAUACUUUCUUAAAGUUCAUAGAGUUAGUAUAUUGGUUAGUUUAGUUGAUGCAACCCUAGCAGUUUAUUGGGAUGUUAUUUAUAGCUAAUUCUUCUUAUCUAGUUAUCCAAUCUUAUUUUAGAAUCUUGCUAUUAUGAAGGUGACAGUAGCAAUGAUAGAUAAGUGAGCAAGAGUUCCUACACCGUUAAGCGUAUCAGGUUAAGCUGUGAUGCAGAUGGAGGCGAGCAGAGCAAAGCUUUUGAAGUAUAAGUAUUAAAUUAGGCUCAGGAUUUCAUGUCUUCAUACAUGUAAUCCACUUAAGUUAUUCCGCUGCAACACUUAGUGUAUUUUACUUUAUUGAUGUGUUGUACAGAUUUUAAAACAAUAGCUUUGAGAAUUAUGUCACUUGAAAAUUUGACAACUUGUCGUUAUGUAUUGUGAGUUGUCUGCUUUGAGUUUUAGAAAAGAUUGUUUAUGAUUACCAAAUAUUUAGGUAAAUUAUUGUUUAAGCAAGAUGAUUAUUUUUAUUGAAACCUCUUUUAUUUUCCA